ACAAAAUGCUGGAGUAACUCAGCGGGACAGGCAACAUCUCUGGAGAGAAGGAAUGGGUGAUGUUUCGGGUUGAGACCUUCUUCAGACUGAUACUUUAAUACUUAUUUACAGCAGCCACGCCAACGGCUUGCGCAUAAGCACUCGUUUCAAUACCUGAGCGAUGACUAAAACUUCUACUGGGGUGUGUUGGCUACAGCAAGGAAGGAAUGGAAAAUGCCAGGCUUUGUCCAUGACUCGGAUUGAUCGGGAGGAAUGUUGCAGGGGCGGAAGCGCUCAAGCUGCAUGGACAAAUCAGGAUAUACCGGAGAGUGACAUUUUAAAACUCAUAAUUCUGGGCGGAGUUAGCUGCCACCCAUGCCACAAAACAUGUGAGGGUGUGGAUUGUGGACGUGGGAAAAUUUGCAAAAUUAACAAACAUAACAAGCCAACAUGUAUUUGUGCACCUGACUGUUCCAAUGUCACAAAGAAGGUACCUGUGUGUGGAACCGAUGGCAAAAUCUACAAAGAUGAAUGCAGCCUUCUUUUGGCAAAAUGCAGAGGUUUGCCAGAAUUGGAAGUACAGUAUCAGGGUGAAUGCAAAAAAUCUUGCACGCAGGUCCUGUGUCCUGGAACCUCCAUGUGUGUGAUUGACCAAACCCACAGCGCGCACUGCGUCAUGUGCAGAGUCAUGCCCUGCCCAGAGCCUCUGUCAUCAGGGCAUGCGCUCUGUGGGAAUAACGGCAUCACCUACCAGAGCGUCUGCCAUCUCAGGCGUGCCACCUGCCUGCUGGGGAAAUCCAUUGGUGUUGCCCAUUAUGGGAGAUGCAACUCGUCAGAAGAAGGCUUCAAGCAAAAAGGAGACAAUCAAGAAAAUACAGUGUUUUCGAAAUUCAUGCUUGGGUGGUAAUUUAUAAACAAAGACAUUAUAAACAGAGAAGAAAGUGACACUGGGUAAAUAUUCCUCUGGGUGUUAGAGCCGUGCCCUUUGCAAUGUGAGUGUAAAUGCAUGGUCAUUUGAUGCAUUACCGGUAACACAACAACCAUCACUUCUGUUCACUGACCGCGUGCAUGGUUUGGUGGUGCACACAUCCGAGGCUUGCAAGUUUAUUUUUCUUUAUUCCAACAGUUCAUUGAUUAAAACAGCCAGCGAUAAAUUCUCCAGAUUGGACGUUAUGUGCAGACCUGGAGAAUUUUGUUUGCGGUCGCCUAUUCAUUUCCUCCACAGAUGCUGCCUGACCUGCUGAGUUACUCUAAUACUUUGUGCUUUGCUCAAGGUACCAGCAGUUGCAUUUCCCUGUGUCUCUCUUGAUUAUCCCUGCUAUGAUGCCUCAGAGGUGCGUGGAGAAGGAGGGACAACACAGGCCCUGGGAAGAUGGAAUGUUGCUAUGCAGUUCAGAAUGUUAACAUCUAGUGUGAUAUUAAUGGAACUGUUGGAUUCAUUGAGUUACACAACACGGAAACAGUGCCCAAAGCCCACCACGCUAUGCUAACCUGUUUUUGCACAUCUUUACCAAUCCCAUUUGUCCACAUUAGAACCACAACCAUCCGCUGCUUUGCCUAGUUAAGUGCCGGGGCUAAAUGCUUCUGAAACAUAGUAAUAAUAACUGAUUUUAUCAUCUCUAGAAGUCAACCACUCCAUGUCAGUGAUUUGCCCCGUUGGGGAAGGGGGCAGGAGAGUAUACACAGGGAAUCAUCUAGUCAUGCUGUCUAAUCAUAUUAGAUAGCAUGAGAAGUAGGCGUCCAAAACUUCAUGUUGGAAUGUGAAACCAGGUACCUGGGUCUGUUGAAUGGUGCCCAUUGUUACUCAAGCCAUCUCAUAGAAUCAGGCCUGAUGUGUAGGAAGAAACUGCAGAUGCUGGUUCACACCGAAGAUAGACACAAAAUGCUGGAGUAACUCAGCAGUUCAAGCAGCAUCUCUGGAGAAAAGGAAUAGGUGAUGUUUUGGGUUGAGACCUGAACCGUCAUCUCUUUAGGUUUAAGUUUAUUCUUGUAACAAGUACAGAGGUACAGUGGAAAGCUUUGUUUUGCAUCAAAUCAGAUGAUUGCAUUAAUAGAAUCAGAUCAAACUCUAGUACAAUUGAUAAGCAAAGGAGAAGAUACAGAGUGCAGAGUACUUGUAUUUGUAAUACAAAGCUGAAUUAACAAGAUCAAAGAUUCACGCUGGGUGUUUAUUCAUAAGCUCAGAAGACAUUGAAGCAGAAUCGGGUUAUUCAGCCCACCGAGUCUCCUCCGCCAUAUGAUCAUGGCUGAUUUAUUUUCCUCUCUCAACCCUAUUCUCUUGUUUCUCCAGAGAUGCUGCCUGACCCGCUCAGUUACUCCAGCACUUUCUGUUCUUGUUUUGUAAACCAGCGGCUGCAGUUCCUUGCAUUUACCUGAUGUUUUGCUGCACCUUCUUACUAACUAUAGUGACUUUGAGAGUUUCUCCUGUGAUAGGAUGUCACACUCUUCAUUUUCCCUGUGGGAAUGCUGCACAUUGUCUAAUGCAUAUUAGGAUCAUCCCACUGUGCUCCAAUUACACACAUCAAGUGCCUGCCUCGAUCCUUCAGUGCCUCAGGAACAUUAAAAAAAGUUUUCCCCUAUAGACUCACAUUAAUAGGCGUUGCAAAAGUCUCUGACUGACUACAUUUGUACUUUCCUGUGAACUCGUUACAUUCUCAGAGCAGUAAGAGGAAUUUCUGAAGAAGGGUCUCGACUCGAAACGUCACCCAUUCAUUCUCUCCAGAUAUGUUGCCUGUCCCGCUGAGUUACUCCAGCAUUUUGUGUUUAUCUUCAAGAGGAAUUUCAACCCUGAUAUGUGUAUAUUGUACAUAAUAAUACCAUAUAUUUAUUGUAAGAAAAGCAAUGAAGAAAAUACUCCAUUUUAUUUAUACAUUAUUAUGAAUGUUUAUCAGAUGUUUGCCUUUGCCAUCUGAUGUUAUUAUAAUUAUUUUUCACAAAAUUUGCUACUUUUUGAUCACCUUUGCAACUGUAAAAAUGGAUGUAUUUCGUAUCAUACCACAUUGUGUUAAACUGUUUCCAUCCUGCAACCAUCUUCAUUUCGAAUAUAUUAUCAGUCAUGUAAGAUGAAAGGUGUAUAUAGUGGCAAACACUUUGGGGGUUAAACGUGCAUUGUUUGCUAUCAGCAACAAGGAGUUGUAUGAAAAUUUGUCUAUGGAACUGAUCAACAUUUGAUGAAAAUACCGAUCAUUAGGAAUACACAUGAAUGACUUUGUUCCUCGUAACACACAAUGCAAUAUCACCCUAUUUUAUAGUAGCCUUUGGCAACUCAACUAUAUGUUUGCAAUUACAUUGAAUUGAUAUUCUCAUGUUAUCCUUGUUUUAUAGCAGAAAAUACAUUGAUUUAUGAAAGUUGCUGUUUGAAAUUUAUUUCUACGUGUCGGCACAGUGGCGCAGCUGGUAGAGCUGCUACUUCACCACAUCUGUGACAUGGAGUCCAGCCUGACUUUACGUGCUGUCUGUGUGGAGUUUGCAAGUUUCCUUGUGGGUUUCCUCUGGGUGCCCCGGUUUCUUCCCACACCCGAAAGACGUGCAUGUUUGUUGUGAAUUGGCCUCUGAAAAUUGCUACUAGUGUGUAGGAAGUGGAAUAAUAUAUAACUAGAAUGAGAGGGUGAUAGAUAGCUAGCAUGGACACAGUGAACCGAAUGGCUUGUUUCCAUGCUAUAGCUUUCGGAAAGGCAUUAUCAGAAUGAAAUCAUGGUCUCCAUCAUUAAGGACACUUAUAAAUUGAGUUUGACCACUAAUCUACCAGAUUAAAGUAAUUAAAAUAGUGAAUAGAGGUUUCCAUGUUAGAUUAGAAAUGCACUGAUAUUGUUGAUUCCAUUCGUUAGUAAUGAAGAUCUCAGUGCAGAAAUAAUUUAAUGGAAAAGUACAAUGAGUUUUCUUUUGCACACAAGGAUUUUAACAGAAGUAUGGUCCACAAACUUGCAGCAAGAAAAUUAGUCAUAUCUAUGUGGCUCCACACCCAUCACUACUUCUUGCUUACAGUCUGAAUGGCAUCCAACAAUUCAGUUGCACCAAUACUUUCAUUACAUCGUUGGCAGAGCUUCAAGAAGAUGGCUAUCAAAAGCAAUUUUCCUUGGCCUUGCCACUGCUGUGAGCAUCCAAUGAAUUAAUAAAAUAUUGUUUAUUGGAAAAUAAAGAUUAUCAUAAAUCUAGGUCUUCAACUGUAUUGUUCACCUCGUGGUUGGACUUCAAACUCCGACCCCUAAAGUCUCAAUUUUUAAGA